CUGUUUUCCGAAUAACAGAUUGCACCGGAAGUACACUCUAAUGGUUACCAUAUCCGGUUUGAUGUCAACAGUGGGCCUAUGGGCUAUAUUUUACCAUACUGGGUACCAGAGGAGGAGAGGAUAAGUCAAGAUGGAUGGAUGACUCAUAUCAAUACUGAAGCUGAAACAAGACAUGAGACUACACACUCGAACAUUAGCUGCAAGAUUUAAUGACCUUCACCCUUCCUUGUUACUAUUUUUACACAGGCUUCGUCAAAUAACAAUACAAAAUAAGGUGGAAAAUACUGUAGAAACAAUUCAGCGUCGUGACAUAGGGGACAAUGUGGUAGAGAUACAACAUUCAGGAGGGUGUGAUAGAUGGAUGGUCAUUAAGAAAAUCCUAGAUGCCAGCAAUAUCUCUCUACAAACAAAAUCUGGUGCUGAGGUGGAAUCUACAGAAAUAGCAUUAGCCUUCCCCUUGAAAAAUCAGUGCAGGAAAAAUACUGUCCAUAUGAUGCCCCCGAAGCAACCAGUAUUUGCUUUCCUACCAUUGAGAAGUUAUGGUUUCCGUUUUAUUAUUCAAGGUGACUUUGAUGUACCAUCAAGUCGAGAAGAUGUUGACAGAGACAGUUCAUGGAACCAGUGGCUACGUAAUGAAAUCCCUAAUGUAUUCCUGGAAACUCUUGAUGUCUUCAAGACACAUUCUGAGUUCAGCAGUAUGGAAGCAGUAUGUACAUUCCUGCAGUUUGUACCUAUGGAAGAUGAAGUUCUAGAAUUCUUUAAACCUGUAGCUUCUGAUAUACUGAAGAAGCUUAAAGCUAAACCUUGUAUUCCUACACUGGCAGAAAAACAAGGACCAGUAAGCUGGAAGAUACCAUCACAGACAGUAAAAGUUCGGGACCCGCUGGUACGCAGUGUGAUCACAUCGGACCUUCUGGAGAAACACCUUAAUCUGUUUUACCUACAUCCAGACAUUGCCACAGUGUUGAACCCAGCAUUGACGUCCUGUCUUGGUAUUGAAAACUUAACAUCUGACCAUUUAUUCCAGCUUGGUAAAGCUUUGAUUGUGAACAUGGGCACACACUGCAAUAAGGAUGAAGAUGUGAUACUAAUAUCUAAAUGGAUGGCUUGUUUAUAUCGUAGCCUUGAUGAAUUUCAUCAUGAUGAUACUAUUCUACCUACACUGAAAGUACAUCCUUUCUUACCACUGUCUGACGGAGAGCUCGUCUCCCUGCAGGAAAAAACAGUAUUUUAUCCUAUACCCAAUUUGAGAACAAAAAAACAGAAAGGAAAAGACCCCAUGUAUUAUCUACAGCAAGAUGUGAGCAGUCUACAUCCAUUGUUAUUAGAUACUGGUGAUGCCGAGGUGAACAGUCAGGUUCACAAACUCUUGUUGAGACUUGGUGUAAAGCAGUUAUCUCCCUCUGAUGUUAUCAACCAUCAUAUUAUACCUGUGUUAAAAUAUGACAAUUGGAAGAAGAAAAAGAAGGAGACUUUAGUGUCCUAUAUGAUUUACAUCAAAGAACAAAGUGACAAGCAGGCAUCAGUAUGUAACUUAGAUGAAGUCAAGAAUAUAGCUGUAGUUUUGACAAAUGAUGGAUUCAAAAAUCCCUCUGACGAACCAGUGCAGUUUCCAACAGAGUAUGGGAAUGCAGUCAAUUUGCAAGAAGUCUUUAAAGGAUAUGACUGGACUCUACUGGAUACUUGCUACUUACCUCAGACAUGUACAAGACCCACACUCAUUAGUUGGCAGGAAUUCUUCAGGAAACUUGGAGUAGAAGAUUUCCUGUCCAUCAGAAAGAAAGAUGUACACUUAAAAAAAGAUGAAUUGGAGGGUAGUUAUUGGAGUAUAAGCAGUUCUGUAUGGCCACAAGAUGAAGAAGUAUAUAUUGUACAAGAUUACUACAGUGCUGAACUAGAGGCUCUUAUUAGAAAUAAUAAAUACCCAAGUGGACAACACUUUGAGAAACAGAUGCAAAACUUAUGUAUGCUCUUGGAUAGAAAUUGGGACACUGGCUUCUCAAAAUAUUGUAAAACACAUGUGGUUGAUAAAGAUGGGAAAUUCCUAAAAGAAACUGAUACAUCAUUUAGUAUAUUGUUACAAACCUCCAAAUGGCUGCCAGCAGAGGAAACAGAAAUUACUGAUAUUGAUGGAUAUCUGAAGCAUGAAGUUAGAGUUGUGAUGAAGGAACCAAAGAGUUUGUAUUUACCCUCAAACAAAGUUCAGAGUUUGUUAUCUGAUAAAGUGCUUUACUUGGCUGUUAACCUCACAGCUGGCACGUUCUGUCAGUUUCUUGGUCUGAAAAAUUCUGUUACUUUGGAAAGUGUUAAGUCUUAUUUGUUACAGUGGUGUAAAAGAAAAAAGGACAACGUAUCAGCUACAUUUUAUACAUCAUUAGAACAUAUGAAGAUGGUUUACACAUACCUUGGAGAAGAAUUAAGGAAGCAGGAGUUACAAGAUUUGUUACGUGUUAAUCCUGUAUUUUUUGUUCCUAUCAACUCCGGAUACUACAACCCAGAUGAAGUUGUUAAAGGGAAAAUGUUAAACAGGAAUGAAAUAUGGCUGAUGGACAAGUCUGGAUUGUUUGAUAAGCAUAGGAACCUGUUAGAAGAGUACCAUUCUGAUAUUGCUCAUAAAAGAACUAUAUUUGGUUUCUAUAACGACAGACCGAAUAUUAUAGAACUUUUCAAGCAAGAAGGUAAAGUUGAUACACAGCCAAGGGUUGAGGAAUUUAUUGAAUUACUAUGUCUCCUUUGCAACACAUCCUCUCCGAAGGAUGCCAGAGUGUUACUUGAUGUAUUGAACAUCUUCUCUACCAUUGGUCAAGCUCUUUGUACAUCUCCUGAAGGUAUGCCAGAUGAAAGAACAGCAAAUAUGGCAUUGGAAACCUUGAAGAGAACUGUAAUAAAGAAGCUUCAUAGAGAAAAGGUAUUUCCAACAACAAAACAGACCUGGGUAAGUCUGGAAGAUCAUCCUAUGAUACCUGAUAAUAGGGAAUGGGAAAAAAUGUUUGCUGAAAAGGAGGGGGUUCAUUUCCUUGAUAUGGAAGACAAGUCAAACAAAGUUUCACGAUCAGUUAGAGGUGGUGUUGGUAACCGAGGACAAAGAAGCAAAAAUAUAGAGAGUCGUGUUAAUCUAGAGAUGAUAAACAAGGUGAUUGACAUCUGUGGAAUCCGCAAGCUUAGUGAGUGUGUAGAUAUAAGACCAGUACCAGAAAUGAUAGAGCCUUGCUUGGAACUCCAGGCAUAUUUUUGUAAGAUUGUGCCUUCCGUACAAAAAUAUCUGAUUGCAGGAUAUGAGGAUGUUUAUCAUCAAUUAGAAAAUAUCAAUACAAAAGAAAUGUUGGCAGAUGCAAAAUUUUAUCAGACUGGUAAACUAGAGGUCAGCUACAGGCUCAACAACAAUCUGCCCAAAGAAACAUUCAUAAUCAAAAGUGAAAAAUGCGUGAUACAUCCACCAGAGUUUUAUUUUCAUCGAGAUCAUCUAAAUGCUUUAGCCGAAAUUAACAGAGAAAUUGCAAGGUACUUCAGUAGAGGACACACAGACUGUAGUAGGUCACUAAGAUCUUUCCUGUCAGAAUUGUCAUGUAUAGUGUCUGGUGAAACAGAUGAUGAUGUGGACGAGCUUCUACAGAGAUAUGAUGUUGAUGACUUAGAUAUAGCUGAAGAAGAAUUAUGGAUGGUUGAAGCUCCUGUUCUCCCAGGACUUGAUACACCAGAAGAGGCAGAAGAAGAAGGAGAAGUUUCUGGUGAGGAUGAUGAUAUUAAUGUUACUGUUGCAAGUCAAGAUGGGGAAUUCCAGCUUAGAAUGUGGCCACCUGUUGCCAGUGAAAAUAAAAUUCAUGUCACAGAAGGCACUGAAAAACCAACGUCGAACAUUUGGCCCCCACCACAGGCAAAAGAUUACAUGAAAUCUGUGAAAGACCUACCAUCUAAUAUCAGAAUGAUUGUACACAAACAGACAGAAACACAAGAAGAUGAUGAUAAAGCUACACAACCAAGUACUGAAAUAGAGAGUUCUAGGACAGAACAGGAACUAAAAACUUAUCCUGUACAUCAAAGUGAUUUUGAGCGUGCAACAGGACUUGUGGAAGAUUCUAAAUCACAAGGAGCUGGUGGCCAAUUUAAACUUGUGUCUGCAGGAAAGCUAGAUGACAAUGUAGGGGCUCUACAAUUAGAACAUAAAAAUACAGAGAGCUGGGUUACAGACAAUUCAACAGGUGUUAAAGUAGAUAACGUUCCAGAGAUAAGUGGCAAAGAAGGGACUAACAUUGAUGAUAGGGAGUUUAAAGGUCAUUCAUCUGACAAAAAUAAUUCAGCAUUAGAGGAUCAAGGCCAAGGUUAUGGGCAUAGACGUGGUGGUGAUUCUGGUCAUCAUAGAAGAAAAGGACAGCAUGCCUUCACUAGAGGACAACCUAUUAUUAAAGGUGAUCCUAUUUGGACAUUUAUGGCAACAGAUUAUUUGUACGAGGAUCUAGGCACUGGUAAAGACCUUGGUAAUAUUGAUAGUCUUACAUUAUGUGAUGAUGCAGCUGGUCCAGAGAUAGGGGAAUGGGGAGAGGCUCUGGUUGCCCAAUAUCUUGAAAGACAAAAACAGCUUGGUAAAAUUCUUGAUUACUUCUGGAAGAAUAGUGAAGAAGAAACAGGAUGUCCAUUUGAUUUUGAAAUCCAACUUUCAGGAAACAGUGGUAUCUUGUCUAACUAUAUUGAGGUUAAAAGUACUGUCAGUGAGGAUAAAGAAGUAUUUGAGAUAUCCAUGCAGCAGAUUCAGUUUGCAGAGCAUGAGAAAGAGAAGUUUCAUAUAUACCGAGUGUUUAAUGCAGGAAAUCCAGAACGUGUUAAAUUAAUACGUAUUACAAACCUCGACAUGAGGCUAGCAAAGAAACAAGUAAAACUUUGUAUGCUCAUAUAAAAACAAGAAAUUUCAAAGAGGAGAAUAAAAAAAUCUUGGUUUUUAUGGACUGAGCUUGUUGCAAAAAGAGUUUUUUGAUGAUAAUAUAGAAAAUUAUAAGGAAGUCAUUUUAAAUUGUUAUAUAGUAUUGAAAUAUGUUUGAUGUAGUUCAUGUUGUUUAUAAGCAGUGUGAAAGUCAUGUUAUAUAACACUAAACUGCUGAUGUAAAAGCCAUUAGUCAAUUUCUUUAAAAUAGAACUUUUUAUUAUUUAAAGAGCUUUACAAAGACACAACACACAGCCUUAUUAUACAUGUAUUAACUCAGCAAUUUUUAUUAACAAACAUUCUGAGAGGACUACAAAAUAUAAAGUAAAAAAAUCAAAAUAUAAGUGGGUUAUAGUAACAUCAUAUUAACUUACUCAAAACUUUAAAAUAAUACUCAGUUUUUUUUCUAAAUCAAGUUGUCAAUAGUUUACUAAUGUAAAAUUUAUGAAACAUUAGUGAAAUAAAGUAUGACUUAAGAUACUAGUGAAAUACCAAUAAAUACAUAUAGCUGAAAAUUAAAGUCAUCCAAAACGAUAGAUGUCAAGCAUGGGCUUCUGUCCAUUUAGGAUCAAGUUUUAACUGGUAUUCUGUGAUGUCAUUGCCUUUUGUGAUUUGUACAUUACAUUGUAUGUAAUUGUAUUUAAAAGAAAGUUAUUGAUUAACAUUAUAUAAAUAAAGCAUACUGAACUUCUUUUCUAUUUUAACACUAAUACAGCUGUGCCAUGGAAAUGUAUGCCAUUGUUUUUGUUUUAGUUCAUUUUUGUGAGAAUUUAUGCUCAAAACUGUUUGUUUGAAUCUUUACCAUAAGUUCAAAUUUGGCUUGCCAUAGCAUUUGUUUUAUAUUAGAUAUUUUGAAUUGUUUGAGGAGAAAUAUUGUUUUUACCCUGUGUGUGUCUGACUGCUCAUCUGAAUUUCACAAGAUUGUUUUAUCAUAAUGCCUUUGAUGUUUGUAUUAUAAUAAUGCUCUAUUUGUCGUUGUUAAUGUAAAGAAAUUCCUCCACCAAGUUGAGAAGUUGCCAUAUGACCUAUACUGUGCAAUGUAAAACAUAACAAAAAAAAAUCAUUUUUGAAAGAAUUUAAUAUUAAAACAGCUGUCAUUUUGUCAAAGAUAAAUGUCACUAUGUCCUUAUUCAGCUCAGUGUAGUCUGUGGUUUAUUCUACCUACAUCAAUCAAUGUGGAUAUUGAGUAAUAAGGCUCCCACGGUUACGCGUUAAAACGGAGUCGUUUCGAUUUUCAGUCGAAAACGUUUACGGUAAUGUUUACCGUUUAAUCGAAAUGACUAUAUUGUCUUACAAAAUAUCUAAAUCAUUGCCAGUAAUCAUGAAUUCU